UGGGCGCGGCCGCAGCUCUUGCAGCGGGGCCAUCUUCGGCCGGCCGGCUCGUGCGGUCAGUGCACACGCGCCCGGCCUGAUGGCGCCUCGGCCGCUGAGCCCCUUGGUACUGGCGCUGGGCGGCGCCGCGGCGGUGCUCGGCUCCGUGCUCUUCAUCCUUUGGAAGGCCUACUUCGGACGCGGAGGGGAACGGCGCUGGGACGGCAGCGAAGGCUGGUGGGGCGUGGAGCCCGCCCGCCUCCCCGAGUGGGACGAGUGGGACCCGGAGGACGAGGAGGAUGAGGAGCCGGUGCUGGAGGAGUUGGAGCAGCGCGAGGUGCUGGUGCUGGGGCUGGAUGGCUCUGGGAAGAGCACAUUCCUGCGCGUGCUGUCUGGGAAGCCACCGCCUGAAGGCCAUGUUCCCACCUGGGGCUUCAACUCCGUGCGGCUGCCCACCAAGGACUUCGAGGUGGACCUGCUAGAAAUCGGUGGCAGCCAGAACCUGCGCUUCUACUGGAAAGAGUUUGUGAAUGAGGUGGACGUGCUGGUGUUCAUGGUGGACUCGGCUGACCGGCUGCGGCUGCCCUGGGCCCGGCAGGAGCUGCGCAAGCUGCUGGACAAGGACCCUGACCUGCCUGUCGUCGUGGUGGCCAACAAACAGGACCUGAGUGAGGCCGCGAGUGUGGCGGAGCUGCAGCAGGAGCUGGGUCUGCACGCUGUAGACAGCCAGCGGGAGAUCUUCCUCCUGGGGGCCAGCAUCGCCCCCGCAGGGCCCGGCUUUGAAGACCCCGGCACCGUGCACGUCUGGAAACUGCUCUUGGAGCUCCUGUCCUAGGCUGCCCCUCCUGCUCGCUGACCAGCCCUGGAAGCCCAGGUCUGCUGCUCCAUGUCCAGCAGCGGCCUGGGCCUGGGGCAGGAGCCACGGGGCAGCACGUCCCUUCGACUUGCCCUCAUGAGCAGGGCCUGGGCAAGGCCGAGAACCACCACGCAGAAGCCUUCCUGGUGAGGUAGCCGUGGGCUGCAGUGGGGAGGCAGGUGGGGCACGGGGUGGCACCGAGUGGCUGUUUCCGGGCCAGAGGUGGGUCCAGCUCUCACCAGUGAAGGCCCCUCCUUCUGGCCUGUGUGGCGAGCUGCUCUGUGGGCUCAGUGCUCCCCUCCCUGCGGGUCCCAGUGGCUGAGGACUGUGACGGGUGCCAGGAGUGCUCCCAGUCUAGACUGGCUCCUGGCACCUCCAUACCACUUACACGUAGGCAGUCUGGGCAGCUGCAGGAGCCCCGGCUCUUGGUUCCGUGUUGCCUCCAGCCCCAGCUCUGCCCAUCUGGCUCAUGGUCUUGACGGGUCCCUUCCUCUCUGGCCCUGGGGCCUUCAUUUGAAAGGUGAUUUCUGUGGACUUUGCAAACUGGAAGAUGCAUGAGGACAAACUGGAGAUCCCAGCAGGGAUCUGAAACCUCCCUGCCUCCCCAAGCCAAGGCCUGGCCCACCAGCCUCUCGUGACUAGAGUAAGUGGUGUCCACGCCCUGAUGAGAAAACCGAGAGCCCGUCCCCCUUCCCUCAACUCUGGAGACAGAAGCUGCUGCUCUUGUACUAACUGUGCCAGUGCCCGUGUUUACAUAAGUAGGGGGAGAGGCGUCCCCGUUCCACGAGCGGGUGUCCAGCGGCCCUGCCUUUUAAAUUCUGAUUAACUUUGCGCAUUAAGUGACUUGUCUGCUCUUAUUUUAAAUAAUGAAUGACUUGGGGUUUAGAGGAGCCCUUGAACCUUUUCUGGCAACUUUUCUUUCCCAUGGGAUGGCAGAGAACCCUCGCUUCUGUGUCCCGUGAGCCCCGCCCUCCACCUGGUUUCCAGUGCUUGACAGUCACCCUUGGAACCGGCGUUGGUGAGGGGACUCUCCUCUUCUCGUUCAGACCUGCCUGUGGUCUGUUAUCACUAUGUGUUACAAUGUUUAGAGUCCCCAGUGGGGGAAGUGAACCUCAAAGAGUUCAGCUUCUUGGAGCUGCACUACUUUCAAAGACCACCCAGAACUGACCGGUCCCAGCAGCAGCGGAAGAUACAGAUGACGAGCGGCGCUGCAGGCCGUGCUGCCCCCCACCCCGCCCCCCUACCUGCAUGGGACACAGACACUCUGCUGGCUUGUGCGUGUGCUGCAGCAGGUCCACGGCUGGCAGCUGUGCUCCUGAUGGGGAUGCUGGCCCAUCCUCCCAGCAGUGCCAGAGCCCCCUGCUCUGGUUUCCAGGACCAAGCUGGGCGAAGGACAGCGGCCUUAAGAACAGCUAGCUGCCUGGCCUUGUGGUGCUCUGACCAGUUGCUCCUGAACGCGACUUUGUUUCAGGGGGAUCAGGUAGCAGCUUUUGGGAACCAGGCAGUACACAAACCUGUUCAUCUCAACACAAGCAAGGUUCCUGAGCUGCCGUGGGUCCCAGUGCAGUCCCACCACUGCCCCGACUGCAGCCCCCAGCCUGCCUAGGUGUGGGCAUAGGGAGUGUCUGGCGGCCUCCUAACGAAGAUGGCGGAGGGAGGCCCCUGCCUGCAGAACUUGUGUCUGGGUCACUCCCCCUGACCCAGAGCCGUCUGCUCUAAGUUAUUUAAAUGAAACUGAGGCUUCUAAUACUACGUUCUCUGACCUGCUGCUGUCCCUGUGGAGAGAGGCCAGCCCGGCCCAGAGCUGGGGCGUGUGGUCGGUCUGGGUGAGGGGGCUCUUUGAAGCUGCCGGCACCACCUCCCUGGACCAGCCACCCAACCCAAGAUCCUCUGGCACGUCGUGCAGCUCAGCACUGCAGGUGCAGAGGGACCAGCAUUAGACUGGAAGGGGAGGCGCCAGUCCUUCACAGGUACCCGCAGAGGUGCCGAUGAAGACCUCCUGACACCGGCCCAUCUGCCUGAAGGACACGCUGGGCCCCCACAAAACGUUUCCACCUGCCUUUGAAUACCGUUUUGCCCUUUAUGCCAAUUUGGCAGCAACUGCCAGCACUUUACACCAGCCACUGACACUCGCCUGUGGUGACCUCACGCCGCUGCCCCAGACUUCGGAGCCAGGACAAGCUGAGCGUCAUGCCUCUCACCUGCUGUCUGUCCACGUAUCCACAAGGUCCUUCCCAGUUGCUCUGAAAAGGGGAGCCUCUAGCCUCUUCUCAUCUGUUGCUUCUGGGAGGAGAUGGGCCCAUUAAGGGACGAGGGGAAGGUCCCCAUCAAAGGUGUGGAGGUAAAGGGGCCUUGCCACCCACCCCUGCCUGGUGGUCCCAGACCCACAGGGCCUGAGAUGGGGUGUUGGCAGCACUGGAUGGAAUGCACAAUAAAUGCCAAAAACCCAGGUGUGGCUGCACUCGAAUUCUGACUUUGAGGAACGUGUACUGGGUGCUUACAGUCCCGGUGAGGGAAAACUACAGCGGUGGUUCUAGAACAC